AUGUGGGAGGAGGGGAAGGACCAGCAGCCGCCCCACGAGUCUCCUGCCUCCGCCUCCUCCGUGGUUACCUCCUCCUCCUCCAUCUCCACCCACUCCUCUACCUCUGUGUCCCCCGCGCAUCCUCCCUCCGCGGCGUCCUCCAGAAAGCCGCAGAACACAGCCACCUUCUUCGGACAAACAGCAGCGGUGAAAGAAGCUGGAUUGGAGACGCCGGGGGAAGGAGAGGCUGAGGUCCUGGAGGCUGCUGAGUCUGUGUCCCCAGUGCUGAGUGUCAAGCGGCCUCCUGAAGAUGCGGAGCCGAGGUUCAUUGGUUCCCUGAAGAAGAAGUUGUGUUCUGUGGGUUUGGGAAUUAAUUGUGGCUACCGACGCAAGGGGCACUUCAAGGCGGCAGCAGCACAGCACUUCGGUAAACCAGUGGACCCUCACGAGAUCCAGUACGUGCAGCCUGUGGAAAUACGGCCCGUUGGAAAGCCUAUCCCAGCCCUGCCUUACCACCACGGGGACUCCAAGGGGUACGGGGGCUCCUACAGGGGGUCUAAGGGGCAUGGUUUCUCAGGGCAUUCCCACGGGAGCUUUGCAGUGUUCCAGGAGUCGUACAGUGGAAGCAGGGGUAGCGUAGGGACAUCUUAUGGAUCCCCUAAGCCUUCAUCGAUCAUUCACACUGCCCCUGCUACCGUAUACACGCCCCCCGACCCCCCAUCCUACAGCUACAGUGCGCCGGAUCCCCCCUCCUACUCCUACAGUGCCCCGCCGCCCCCGUCUUACAGUUACAGCCCCCCAGACCCACCCGCCGUGAGUUACAGUGCCCCGGAUCCUCUCUCUUACAGUGCCCCAGCUCCCUCCAUCAGUUACAGCGCCCCAUCCCCGCCCUCCUACUCCCUCAGCGCACCCAGCCCCAUCUCCGUAGGCGCCCCUGAUAGCUAUGGAGGGAACACCAUCACUGACACGGGCAAGAUAUUCACCAGGGAAACACCACAGGGGGAGGGACUGGGGGCACAGGGGUUGGCAGGGGGCGGGAGGGAGUGCGUGUGUGUGCCCAUUGACGAGUGUCCUACGCACCUCGUCAUUUACUCCUCGCCCUUCGCACGUGAGGACUUGGGAGGACUGCAGGACCCUCGCAACACGCCCUCCACGAUCCUCUCCAACUUCACUAGUCACAGGACACGCAGGGACACAGAGCACCCCCUGGAUCAGCUGGCGGCGGCGGCGGAGGCGGUAUCAGCAGCGGUGGUUCCUUUAGAGUACUUGGAUCAGAUUGCCUUAGCUACACACACACACUUCGGGAAGAGACAGACGGAACACAACACCAGUACAGCCUCCUCCACCACCACCGCCACCGCUAAAGCCGUCCCACAAGGCAAGGACCUCCUGGCAGCCCCUCAACAGCCGCCACUCACCCUCCAUACAGCGCCUAUCAUCCAGUCAGGGUAUCCAAACAUCCAUAUCGUACGGUCAGGAAUCAAGGUACAAGAUGGCAAGGCUCUCGUCAUCCUUCCCACGCUUUCCCCUGCACCGCCUCCGUCGUCAGUCUUCACCGUCACCCAGCAAUCCCCCACACCAACACCGACCCCUGCCCCAGCCGCCUUCCCCGCCCCCGUGUCUCUCAUUCCAAUAGACACGCCCGUUAUCCAGUUCGCCCCCACGCCCGUGCCACGCCCACAUCCAUUAGUGACUAGGGGCGUGGUGGAGGAUGUCACGUUUUCUCUACAGCAGGAUUUGUCCACACACAGGCAGCUGGGGGGCGGGGGCGUGGUGCCUGGGGGUCCGGACAGCUGCAGCGUGUACGAGGUGUGCUGCGCGCGGGGCGGGGGCCUGCUGGGAUCUGCCUCUUCGCCCGUCAACACCCUGGGGCAUCCGCGGGCAUCGCAGUGUGGCCUGAAGGGCGGCGAGGCGUUGCGGGGCAGGAUCAGCAGCCCUCACCGUGCGAAUGGUGACGCAGACUUUGGCGAGUACCCGUGGCAGGGCGCCGUGCUGAAGAAGGAGGGCGUGGACAGCGUGUACGUUUGUGCCGGGACCUUGGUGAGCGACAGACACGUGCUCACCGCAGCCCACUGUGUGUCUGGGUACUCAGCGGGGGAACUUCGCGUGCGUCUGGGGGAGUGGGACGUGAAUAAUGAUGAUGAGUUUUACCCGUACGUGGAGAGUGAUGUGAGCUCCCUGUACGUGAAUCCUGACUACUUCUCCGGCAACCUGGUGAACGAUCUGGCCGUGGUGAGGAUGACUACGCCUGUUGAUCUUGCGCGCAGCCCCCACAUCAGCCCCAUCUGCCUGCCCCGCCAAGCUGACUUCACGGGGAGCCGCUGUUGGGUCUCCGGCUGGGGCAAGGACAGCUUCGGGGACAGCGGCCGCUACCAGAGUGUGCUGAAGGAGGUAUCAAUGAAUGUGGUGUCGCGAGGGGCGUGUGAGGCGGCCCUUCGUCUGACGCGCCUGGGCCCACAAUACACCCUGCACCCUGGGAUGGUUUGUGCGGGUGGCGAGGCGGGCAAGGACGCGUGCAAGGGUGAUGGCGGCGGGCCCUUGGCGUGUGAGGGAUCUGAUGGGCGGUACCAGCUGGCGGGCGUGGUAUCGUGGGGCAUCGGCUGCGGCGCCCCUGGUGUUCCUGGUGUAUAUGUCAACAUUCCUUACUACACGCCGUGGCUCCAGGAUAUUCUGCGCUUGUAGUUAUUUGUCUUUCAGUCUUUCAGUUUAGUUCAGUUUAGUUCCUUUUUUUCAGUCUUAUUCCUUGUUCCUUUCUUUACAAUUUAUUCUUCAGUUAUUCAGUUCCGUUCCUUUUUUCAGCCUUAUUUCUUGUUCCUUUCUUUACCAUUUGUUCUUCAGUCGUUCAGUUCAGUUCCUAUAUCAUCAUACCUAGUCCUCGUUAUUUUCCUUUACCAAUCUCCGUUCCUUCCUCAGACAACGCUCCAUUCUUCCUCCUUUUCCUUCGUUCUUUCCGUGCAUCUUAUUCUGAAACUCUUUUGCGUCGCAUGAUUUCCAAUGCUCUUUUUACGGUUCUAGUGGCGGAUUAACCAAGUUUCUACACUAUGAACCGCCGGAACAGUCUUGGGAACCCGGCUCAGCAUCUCUGUGGCCUUUUGACAGUCGUGCAUGGUGGCAAGAGAGUUAAGUGUUUCAGAAUACGGGUCAUAAAAUCAACGCCUUGCUCCUUUCCAAGUCUCCAUUCCUUCCCUAUAGUCACCGCCACAACCCUCCACGCCCCACCAUCCCCCCACUGUCCUCAUUCCGUCCUUGACCCACUUCUGUACCUGCAAGUUUCUCCGUGGUCGUGUGUUGUGUCCCUUACUCUCUCCCGUUACCCCACGUCGCUCUCCCCAGUCCCCAUGCACCAAGCCAGUCCCCGCCAAGCCUCGCCGUCUGCAAGAGUGAGGCGUCAUGGGGUGAAGUACAGUGUGUUAGAAGUACAUGGCGCCAAAGUACAGUACAUGCUCCGUUAUAUAGUACAGUACCUACAUGCUCCGUUGUUGAUAAUCAUGUUUUUUUUUUUUAAUUGCACCUUUUUAUUGUUAAGAUCACUUGUUUAUCAUUAGUUUGUAUUGAUUUCUGUUAGUAUAUGAGUAAUCUUGUUUUUUUUUUUUUAUUUGCAAUUUUUUUUUUAUGAUCAGUUUUUUUCUUCAUUUUAUUAUUUUUUUACUUCCUCAUGAGUCACCUUGAAUAUAAUUUGUUGUUCCUCUGAAUUGCACAUUUUAUAUAUCAUCACGUAUUGUUCAUUAGUUUUCUUGAUUUCUAUUCCCUCAUGAAGCGUCUUGAAUGUGUUUUUGUUUUUUUUUUUUCACCGAAUCGCACCUUUUUAAACAUGAUCACUUGUUUAGCGUUAGGUUUCUUUAUUCUUUUACCCUUAUGAGGCAUCUUGAACGUGUUUUUCUUUAAGUAGGAUGGCACUGCAUGACGGGACGGGCGGGACUGAUUGGGAUGUGUCGGGGUGACGCAGCACUGACGCUGUUUAUCUUCGCCCCGCCCCGCCUCCUUCAGCCUCCCUCCACCCCGCCCCGUCCUUUGCCAUGUCCCCGAGGUCACGUUAGAAUACUGUAGUAGUGCUAGUGUUGUAUUGAGUGCCGGGCUGCUGCUGGUCGGCUUGUCUGUCUGUAAAUAAAUAUCUUGAUGCUA